GUCCACUUUAGUAGUCAAUGGAACAAAUAAAGGUGCAUGUGUUUAGCAAAUUAUACUUAUAAUUAUAUAAUUAUACUUCUCCUAUAUUCUAACUUGAAAGGGAAUGCUGCAUUUAUGGCACAAAACACAGUGAUAUAUUCUUUCUUCUCCCUCUUAUCUAAAAACUAGGAUGGUAUACAAACAAACUUGAGGCCAAGCACUUUGUCCAAGCAUGCUGUCAACCCUUGCAAUUGUCUGUCAGUCUCUUGGCAAACAGACACUCUGGGCUAGCUGCCAGUGACAUAUUUCCUCUCCUGCAAUGCCAAACCUGCAAGGCUACACAUAGACUACUUCCAGAGAGGAUGUUCACCACAUUCCAGGCUGCCUGAUGUUUCUGGACAGGUUGAAGUUUGCAGUUUGAUUGGGUGAAUAUUGCAUUUCGGUAUUGAGCUCAGCAAGAAUUAUUCCCCAAGUUGUAGGUAGAAUUUUAAUGUAUAGAGUCAGUACUGAGAGGGGAAAGAGAAUGUUUUCCUGCAGUGUCACAAAUGGGGAAAUGAUUUUCUCCUGCAUACAAACAUCUUUUUUAAAAGGUGUUCAUCAGAAACCAGCCUGUCAAAGCAGCACUCCUCCGAUGUCCUGUUGUGAGGUUUUACACAGAGGGAAAACAUUUCUUUCAUUUCCGAGCACAAGUAGUAAAAAAAUAUGGAUCCUGAAAGCACCCUGAAAAAGCUGCUUUCUUCAGUCACAUUCUAAUGUUGUAGCGUCAUCAGAACAAGAUUCUCGGCCUAUACGACACCCAAUUCACUCCUCGUUCAUUCGCCCCCCUCCCUCCGCGGGUGUUCAGAGCCCCACAACGCCACGGCUCACACAAACAUUAGUGCUGGAUUCCAGAGGGUUUAGAGCACCGGCCGACUUCAGAAAGCAGAGGGCAGAAACUGGCGAGUAUCAUGUGAAGAGAAACUGCCCAAUUGUAACUGAUGUUCUAGUACGCCCACAGGCCUGGCAAUGUAGCAAUCGCUUUACGCAUGGGGCGACCGAUGCAAACCCCAUUCCUCGCCAAUUUCCCCAGCCUCUGAGCUCACUUCCUCUUGCAGGCGGAGCGCCGGCCAGCCGGAGAAAAAAGAGCAAAGCGUGCUUAGCGCAUCUGGAUAGUAGGAGCUUCAUCAUGGCCAGCAGCUACCUUAAGCCGAAGGAGAAAACUCUGCAAAACCUACGAGAUAUUGCUAGUCGCCUUCGGAUUCACUCUAUUCGGGCAACUUGCGCUUCGAACUCCGGACACCCAACAUCAUGUUGCAGUGCAGCAGAGAUCAUAUCUGUGUUAUUCUUUCAUACCAUGCGCUACAGGCCAAAUGAACCAGGCCACCCCAACAACGACCGGUUUGUGCUCUCAAAGGGUCAUGCUGCGCCUAUACUCUAUGCUGCAUGGGCAGAAGCUGGUUUUAUCAAGGAGUCUGAGCUGUUAAAUUUGAGGAAAAUAGACUCUGACCUGGAAGGUCACCCAACUCCUAGACUUCCUUUUGUGGAUGUGGCCACUGGUUCCUUGGGGCAGGGUCUGGGAGCUGCCUGUGGAAUGGCCUAUACAGGAAAAUACUUUGAUAAAACCAGUUACCGAGUUUACUGCCUACUGGGUGAUGGUGAAUCCUCUGAGGGAUCAGUAUGGGAAGCCCUACAAUUUGGGUCUCACUAUCAAUUGGAUAAUCUAGUGGCCAUUAUUGAUGUGAACCGGCUGGGACAAAGUGAAGCAGCACCACUGGGCCAUGAUACAGAUGUUUAUCAUAAGCGCUGUGAAGCCUUUGGAUGGAAUACCUGUGUUGUGGAUGGUCAUGAUGUGGAGGAACUAUGCCAGGCUUUAUGGCAAGCGAGUCAGCAAAAGGGGAAGCCCACCAUGAUUGUGGCCAAGACUUUCAAAGGACGAGGAAUCCCAGGUGUGGAGAAUACUGACAAUUGGCAUGGAAAGCCCAUUCCAAAAGACAAAGUGGAAUCUAUUAUCUCUACUAUUCAGAGUCAAAUCCAGACUAGUGAUAUUUGUACUAUCCAGCCACCUGCUCAAGAUGUGCCACCAAUCAAUAUUGUGGAUAUCAGAAUGCCUUCUUUACCUACCUAUAAUAUAGGAGAAAAGGUGGCUACCCGCAAAGCCUAUGGUUUAGCCCUGGUAAAACUGGGAAAGACUGAUAAGCAUGUGGUUGUUUUGGAUGGUGACACAAAAAACUCCACUUUUGCUGAGCUUUUCAAACAGGCCCAUCCAGAACGCUAUAUAGAGUGUUACAUUGCUGAGCAGAACAUGGUGAGUGUUGCUCUGGGCUGUGCUGCUAGGAACCGCACCAUUGCAUUUGCCAGCACCUUUGCUGCCUUUUUCACUCGAGCAUUUGACCAUAUCCGGAUGGCUGCUAUCUCACAAUCAAACAUUAAGCUUUGUGGGUCACACAGUGGGGUUUCUAUAGGAGAGGAUGGGCCCUCUCAGAUGGCUUUGGAAGAUCUAGCCAUGUUCAGAACUAUUCCAGGUUGUACUGUGUUUUACCCAAGUGAUGCAGUCUCCACUGAGUAUGCUGUUUGUUUGGCAGCAAACACUAAGGGAAUAUGCUUCAUUCGUACCAGUCGUCCAGAAACUCCUAUCCUGUAUUCUCAGGAAGAAAAGUUUGAGGUCGGCCAUGCCAAGGUAGUCCGUAUAAGUGAUGCUGACAGAGUAACGGUUAUUGGAGCAGGUGUCACUCUUCAUGAAGCCCUUUCAGCUGCUGAUGAACUAGCCAAACAAGGGAUCUAUAUCCGGGUAAUUGAUCCAUUUACAAUCAAACCUUUGGAUGCUGAUACCAUCAUUUCCAAUGCCAGAGCCACUGGGGGACAUAUCAUUACAGUUGAGGAUCAUUACAAAGAAGGUGGUAUUGGUGAAGCUGUGGCUGCAGCUGUCUCUGGAGAACCUGGUAUUUUAGUUCAGAGUCUAGCUGUGUCAGGUGUGCCUCGGAGUGGAAAACCUGCUGAGCUCUUAGAUCUCUUUGGGAUCAGUGCAAAACACAUAAUAACAGCUGUGAAGAGCACCUUUGCCAAUUGAUUUGACAGGGAUGAAGUAAAGAAGGGUUAUGAAAUUAUGAAAAUGGAUUCUGAAGAGCAGGAUGACAGCUGCUUGGUUUUCUAGGUAGUUAACCAAAAGUAACCCCUUAUGAUUCCAAAACCUGAAAUGUUUAACUUUUAAUUUUUUGACAAUUGCAGUUAAUAUUAAUUUCAUGGGUUUUGGACCGGAUUCUGAGUGCAAAUAAGUUUAAAACUGUUUUAUAACACAGUUCUCAUCCCAUCAGUAUAUCAUUCCUUUUUUAUCUGUAACUGCACAUUAACUGGAUCUGACUAUUCCACAUGGACCAAUAAUGCUCAUCGGAGUUUAUGGUUACCUUCUCUUGUCUUUGAUUCCUAUCCUACUUGACUUUCUCCUCUUCAGCCUGACAUUCCAAAACUGAGUUGGGUAAAUUUUCCAUGGGCUAUUUCCUGCCUGAAAAAGUUAAUGCAUAAUUAGUUUUUAUUUAACAAAAAUGCAAGUACCUCUUUUGGGAACAUGGUCAUCUAAAUUCUUCAAGUACAGUAUAUAUUACUAAUGGUACUAUCUUAAGAUGUCUGGUAUAAUUAUUAAGUAUGGAGUGGUUCCAAGGAGAUGCAGGCUUAAGUCCAGCUUCCUCUACAGCAGCUCACAGCGAUUUGGAUCCAUUCAUACUCUCAACCCAACCUACCUCACAAGUUGUUGUGGGGAAAAUGGAAACAGGAAGCUGCUUGUAUGCUGCUAUGAGUUUCUGAAGGAAAGGAGAUAUAAACUUAACAAAUAAGCAGGCUUAAUUGUGACCAAGAUAAUGUUUCUGUCUUACAUGUGCUUUUACUGCCAUCAAGCAAAUCAAUAAACUCACUUUAUUGUGGAA